AUGCGAUGGCGCUUUUGGAAGAAGGAGCAGGAUGAUGACGACCAUGACCGCCGAGUCCAACCUCGAACCCAACCCCCAUCGACCUUGAACCGCUCGACCUGGACGACCACUCAAGUCGCCCAGCUUGUCCUUGUCGCCGGAGCAGUCUAUGGGGUUCGAAAAGGCUACAAGCGAUACCUCCGUCGAAUCCCAAAUAUCGAGCAUGUCAAGCCUCGCAUGUACCGAAAACGCAGCAUCUACGGCUAUGUGACUCGAGUUGGCGACGGUGACAACUUCCGCGUCUUCCAUACCCCCGGCGGGCCGUUUAUGGGAUGGGGAUGGCUACCGGGGAGGAAGCCGCAAGAAUUGACGAAAGCGGAGUUGGUGGAUAAUACUUUGCAUGUGCGAGUCGCGGGGGUCGAUGCUCCGGAGUGUGCGCAUUUUGGAAGGCCGGAGCAGCCUUUUGGGCCGGAAGCGAUGGCUUGGUUGGGGGAUACUGUGGAAGGUCGCUAUGUGCGUGUAUGGCCGUAUGCUCGGGAUCGGUUUGAUCGCAUUGUUAGUUCGGUGGAAGUACGGCUCCCGUGGAGACUGCGGAGGUCAGAUUUGGGAUUGAGAAUGAUUCAGUCGGGAUGUGCGACUGUUUACGAGGCCAAGACGGGCAGUGAGUUUGGAGGAAGGGAGGAAGAGUAUCGUGAAGCUGAGAAGCAGGCGAAAGCGAGGAAGAUUGGCAUGUGGGAGGAAGUUGGGAUUGUGGGAAAAAUGCUGGGCCAUGGGAAGAAAGUUGAGACUCCACGGCAAUACAAGAACCGGAUGAAUAAUCAGGAGUCGGGCAAGUGA